AUGGACUCUCUUAGUUCAUUGGGACUCUGUAGUACCGGUACCGGUACUAUCCAGCACGGCAUAGCCCGAGUCGCCCGUACCGCCCGUACCGACGAGCAGCGCAAGCAGGACCGAGACAAGAUCCAGAAAUACCGCCAGCUCGACGACGCCAUCCGGGCCCAGGUUGAGCGCCAGUCCUACCACGACCCCGCGCUCUUCCAGCUCACCUCCAAGCUCCUGCGCCUCAACCCCGAGUACUACACGAUAUGGAACGUCCGUCGCCGCUGUCUAACGUCUUGCUUAUUGUCCAGACCCUCGGCUGGAUCAUCGCCCUCGAAGGCGUCGCCGAGUACCUCUCAGAGCGCCACUACCAAUCCCUCUUCCGCCACCUCCUCGUCCUCUUCCUCGGCUGCGAUCCCGCCAAGCCCCGCCUCCCCGACAACUGGGAAGAGUGGUACUACGGCUGACGCGGAUGUCCUACGGUCCGAACUCGCAUUCACCGUCCCGCUGCUCCUCGAAUUCCCCAAAUGUUACUGGAUCUGGAAGUAUCGCAAGUGGAUUCUCGAACAGGCCAUCCUCCGCCUACCGAGGCCGGCCGCGAGCGGCGUCUGGGAAGCCGAGCUGGCUCUCGCGUCCAAGAUGCUGGUCAAGGACCGUCGCAACUUCCACGCUUGGGGUUACCGGCGCUACCUCGUCGCGAGACUUGAAAGCGCCGACCUGCUCGGGCGGAGUCUGGUCGAGGAUGAGUUCGCCUACACCACCAAGAUGAUCCAGGCUGACCUGUCCAACUUCUCGGCCUGGCAUAAUCGCAGUCGCCUGAUGUUUCGACUCCUCGACGAACGCAGCGCCGACGACAAGGCUCGCAACACAUUUCUCAACACCGAGCUAAACCUCGUUCAAGAAGCCCUCAACGUGGGACCCGAAGAUCAGAGCUUAUGGUACUAUCACCGGAAUCUCGUAUCUCAGGUUACCCCGUUUGGAGGAACUCCCACCAUCGUGCCCAACUUGACAGCGGAGCAGAAGAUGUCUCAUCUAGAACAGCAGAUCGACUUUAUUAAAGACUUGCUUGAGGAUUUCGAAGACAUUAAAUGGCCGUAUGAGGCCCUUCUCGAAUAUACAUUGGCAUUGCGCAAGCUUCAAUCUAACGCCCAAAACGAUGGGCAAGCGGAUGAUCCCAAUCUCUAUUUAAGUAAAUUGAGAAAACUAGAUGCUCUGCAGGCAGGUCGGUGGAAUGAUGCAGAGCGGGAUAUUAAAAAGCAGUUAGAAGAGAGCAUAUAG